CACGGUCCAUGCCAUAUUAUCGACAGUUCGACACUGCCAACUACGCCUGAUCUAAAUUCCCGCGUCCACCUGAAAGUAGAACAACCACUCUACUGACAGUGUCACCACUCACCGCCGAAGGCUGACGACAUAGGACAGAAAAAUGGCUGCAACCACCGCGAUGAUGGCGGAGCCAUCGGCGACGGCGAUGAAAUCGAACGAGGCAAUGAAGAUUGCAAUCGCCAUUUCUCUUGUCCGAUCAAAACUUCUCUCUCAACCUCAUUCUUCUGUCUCCUCUUCUGCUUCUCGAACCUUCCAUUGGAAACAAAAGGCGAAAAAUCGCAAGCAGGAAAUGCUCCGGCUCUCAGAUGAGCUCAAACGUCUAGAAGGUGAUUUAGGUUGUGAUUUGUAUCCGGAAAGUGCUUCCUGCAAGUGUUAUUUCUUCAAGAAUUUGCAAAUUGUAAGCCCUAAGAAGUUCAUAGAUGAUUCUGAUCAUCGGCUGAAUGAUGUUCUUCGCCGCAGAUUUCUCAGAUUAGUACGUUUGCAUAAGAGAAUCAAAAGAAAGGCGAGCAAUUCGAUUGAUCAACGAGCCUUUUCAGAAUUUUACAAGGAAGAGGACAUAGAAAAGCUGAAGAUAUCGGCUGAAUAUCUUGUGGAUCUUUGUGAAACACCUAGCAUGGUGAAGAAACCUGAUUUUGCAAACUUGGCACAUCAAGCCGUGGACUUCAUUCUAAGUUCUGUGACUCACGUUUUGUCAACGGGAAAGGAUGUGUCUGUCACUGAAGGAGUUAUCAGCAACUUGAUUGUUCGUCUGGUCAAAAGGAUGUGCACACCUCUGGAAGAUGAGGUUUGCGACCCUGAAACUGAUGGCCGAAUCCAUAUUCAGCAUAUUAUUCGUAUGCUUGGAAAGGCGUCCUAUGUAGGACAGAGGAUCUUUCUUUCUGUCUGUCACAGGAUAUCUGAACUAGCAGAACGGCUGCUCUUGCUGGAUCCAUUUGAUGAGUCUUUUCCCCAGAUUCAUGAUUCCAUGUUUGUGAUGAUUCAGCUUAUCGAGUUUCUAGUGUCAGACUACUUAGUCACUUGGUCGAAGGAAGAAGGUUUUGAAAUUAGUUUGUUUGAAGAGUGGCUGACUUCAUUUCUUCACGCUCGUAAAACGUUGCAAUCAAUGGAGAAAAGGUCAGGGCUUUACGCGCUUUACAUGGACCGAGUAACUGGUGAGAUGGCUAGACAGGUUGGCCAAAUACCAUCUUUCCAGACCCUCAACCAAGAUAUUCUUGAUGAACUUUUUAGAUGAUUUAGGCUUCUGUAUUUACCCACUUACAUAGUCCUGCAUAAGGUAUCAGAUUCCAUUAACCUGGUAGUAGUUUUUUGUAGAUUGUCAAGAAUGUCCUCCAGUUGCAAAACUUGAGCAAUUCAUUUUAGGUAGGAAACCCAGAUUUCUGUAAAUUUGUAAACCAUCUUAGGGAGAGCUUGUUUUUUCUUUCCUAAAACCCGAAGAACAGUAUCAUAGGAGUAAUUAGGUAUUUCACAUGUCCGGAAUCAAUUGUAAACAUUUCAUACUCAGCCCUUAAUUUAAGUAUGGGCGUAUUAGAAAAUUCGGAGUAACUAUUAUAGGGCAUCCUUGAAAGUACUUUCAUAUACGUGACUAUUAUUUUUGUGUGUGCAUUUAGUAUAUACUUCCUUUGUUUGGUUUUACUCCGUAGUUGCAAUAUUUACUGUAGUAAUUAAAUUCAUGUCUUCAUUUUUAGAUAUAAUUAGGGGAAAUUGUGGGUUAUUGAACAGGUAUGAGGAUACUUUGGUAAAGUUGGGUGGAUAUUUGUCAAAAAUAGAAAGGUUGUAAUUAAAAAUAAAUAUUGGAAAAUAGAAACGUUGCAAUUAUGAGCAACUCUAAUAGUUAGCUACAAGGUGACGUAGCUAAAUUUAUCCCAUCAAAUUUCUAACUAAUAUUUAAUUUAAUUAUUACUUUAUAUAUAUAUUUUUUACUUUUUCCAUUUAAUUAUUUAGCUAUCUGCUCAUAUGAGUGACAUAUUUUAAAAGUUGGUUACGUAAUUCAUAUAUGAAUUGUUGGCUACCUGCUAUGUAUUUUUAGUUUUUGCGAGCAAAUCCUUACGAGGAAGUAUAACUAAAAGUGGGAUGCAAAUUCCUGGGAAACUACUGAAUUGUGCCAAGUAGACUGAAACCGAGUGGGGCAGAGACAGACGAUAUCUGCCCAUAGAAAAAGACUCAAACCAAAGUUGACGUCUUCAACGCACAUAACAAAACUAUAAUUCGUAAACCUCACCUAAUUGCCCAUUAUAAAUAUGAUCACACAACCCUUAAGUCUUUCCUCACCUCAUCCAAUCAAUUCCCACCCAAAAAAACUUCACCUCUAAACUAACAUCCCAAGUUCAAUUGCUUAAACAAGAUGACACAGUUGAAACUUCGAUUUCUGCUCUUCGUAUUCUUCAUGUUAUUCGUGUCGCAGCUUAUUCCCUGCUCAUCAUCAGUACAACAUGAUGAACAUGCCUCGAGUUAUGCAGUUACCAAUAGCAGCAGUAGCAGAAAGGCAACAAAUGAAGCUGAUGAUGAUGAUUGUAUUCAUCAUUCUUGUUCGUGGCAUACUCGAAAACUUGCUGUAAUGUUCAGGAGAACCCCAAGAUUCAUACCAACUGGUGGUGUUGGUAAUCACGGUAGAACAUCAGAUGCUUCGAAAUCUAGCCUGUCUUUGCUGAUUCUACUCCCCUUGUUUGCAUUUUUCUUUUCUUAACCUGUUUCAUAUAUUAUAUAUAUACUUUCUUGGAGUAUUCAAUUAUUCAUUUAUGUAACAAAAACUGUAAAAGUAUGUAAUGGAGUAUCAUAUUAUUAGAACUUGCAUAUAGCUACACUAUUUCAGCUUGUUUAUGUAACUAGCUCUUGAGCCCGUUCAAAGAACGGAAAAUUAGUGGUUGUUAAUUAACUUUCUUUUAAAGUUCUUAUUUUUUUUAAGGAUUGUGAUUUUAGUUGGAAUAUAUGAUUUAAACAAAGGUGAAAUUUGAAGGUUGAAAUAAUAUAUAAU